UUGACGGUGAACAUCUUGGUCUUCGUGGGCAUCAUCCUCUUCUCCGUCUACUGCAGGAUCCAGGACCGCUCCCAGGAGCUGGUGCAGAUUGUCCGGAGCGCGGACCGCCGGGCCAGGAGCCGCGGAGCCAAGGUGGGCAGCCUGGCCGACAGGGAGUCCAUCCUGCAGCGCCUGGACCACCUGGAGGAAGUGGUCUACAACCAGCUCAAUGGUUUGGCAAAGCCCAUGGGAUUAGUUGAAGGUCCAGGAGGCUUGGGCCAGGGGGGAAUGGCUGCUACCCUGAGAGAUGAUAGCCAUGAAUCAGAGACUAAGUAUGAAGAAUAUGGUUACAAUGCCCAACUCAGUGACAGGAUAUCACUGGACAGGUCUAUCCCUGACUACAGACCAAAAAAGUGCAAACAGAUGACCUACCGAGACGACCUGCCCCAGAUCUCUGUGGUCUUUAUAUUUGUAAAUGAAGCGCUCUCUGUCAUCCUGCGCUCUGUGCACAGCGUUGUGAAUCACACCCCAUCGCACUUGCUCAAGGAGAUCAUUCUGGUGGAUGACAACAGUGACAAUGUUGAGCUAAAAUUUAAUCUGGACCAGUAUGUCAAUAAAAGAUACCCAGGUUUGGUGAAAAUAGUGCGCAAUAACAAACGUGAAGGACUGAUUCGAGCCAGAAUCCAAGGCUGGAAAGCGGCAACCUCUCCUGUCGUCGGUUUCUUUGAUGCUCAUGUUGAAUUCAACAUUGGCUGGGUGGAACCUGCACUGACUCGGAUCAAAGAAGAUCGAAAGCGGAUCAUCUUACCAGCAAUUGACAAUAUCAAGUACAACACUUUUGAAGUGCAGCAAUAUGCCAAUGCAGCCCACGGCUAUAACUGGGGGCUCUGGUGCAUGUACAUAAUCCCACCGCAGGACUGGCUCGAUAAAGGGGAUGAGUCAGCUCCCAUCAGGACACCAGCCAUGAUUGGAUGCUCGUUUGUGGUGGACCGAGAGUAUUUUGGUGAGAUUGGAUUGCUUGAUCCUGGUAUGGAAGUCUAUGGGGGAGAAAAUAUUGAAUUAGGCAUGAGG